CGAAAGGCCAGGGAGAACGGGAGGAAGGUCUCAGGGAGUUGGAGGGGACCCGCGUGCGGCUUUCGAGAACUUGCCAGCAACUCCGGUUCCUUCUUAGGCUAGCCUUUUCGACUCUAGUCUGGUUUAAUUAGGGCUAGGGCUCUCAUCUGCACACCCUCAGUUCGUGCUUGGUACAACUUACCGCGUUCUGGAAUUGUCUUACCGACAAAGUUGUCAGCUCCUCGAAGACAGUCUUAGGAGUAACUGGCAAUUAAUUAAUACAGUGCCAACACACGAACUUUUGGUGUAGAUUGUUAAAGAAUUAUUUCUUGCACAGCUGUCGUGUUUCAACCACCGCGGACGCAGCGAAAUUGAGUUUACUAGGUUCCCGCUUUUUGGAGCUAAUGUUUUAGUGGGAGUGCUAGAAAAAAAACACACAAAUCAAGUAGAUAAGUGAUCGAGAGUAGGGGGAGGCUGUUAGGUGGGUGAUAAAAGGUAGCGUUUCAUCUGAGUUGAAUGUUGGAGGUGGAUAUUGGGGGCGAAUAUUUCAAGUACUGAGAAGGAGGCUUACAGGACAUCUGCAUAGCCAGGGGUCUCCACCUUAUGUGAUUAAUCUGGACCCAGCUGUACAUGAAGUACCCUUUCCUGCCAAUAUUGAUAUUCGUGACACCGUCAAGUAUAAAGAAGUCAUGAAACAGUAUGGACUUGGGCCCAAUGGUGGUAUAGUGACUUCACUCAAUCUCUUUGCUACCAGAUUUGAUCAGGUCAUGAAAUUUAUUGAGAAGGCCCAGAACAUGUCUAAAUAUGUCUUGAUUGACACACCUGGACAGAUUGAGGUGUUCACGUGGUCAGCUUCUGGGACAAUCAUCACUGAGGCCCUGGCAUCUUCAUUUCCAACAGUUGUCAUUUAUGUCAUGGACACAUCAAGAAGUACCAACCCAGUAACCUUCAUGUCCAAUAUGCUCUAUGCCUGCAGCAUCUUGUACAAAACCAAGCUGCCUUUCAUUUUGGUUAUGAAUAAAACUGACAUCAUCGAUCACAGCUUUGCAGUGGAAUGGAUGCAAGAUUUUGAGGCUUUCCAAGAUGCCCUGAAUCAAGAGACUACAUACGUCAGUAACCUCACUCGUUCAAUGAGCCUGGUGUUAGAUGAGUUCUACAGCUCACUUAGGGUGGUGGGUGUGUCUGCUGUUCUGGGUACAGGCUUAGAUGAACUCUUCAUGCAAGUCACCAGUGCUGCAGAAGAGUAUGAAAGGGAAUAUCGUCCUGAAUAUGAACGUCUGAAGAAAUCACUGGCCAGUGCACAGAGCCAGCAACAGAAAGAACAACUGGAACGCCUUCGGCAAGAUAUGGGCUCCGUAGCCUUGGACACAGGGACUGCCACUGACAGCUUAUCUCCUGCACUCGACCCUUCUGACUUGAUCCUGACUCGGGGAACUUUGGAUGAAGAGGAUGAGGAAGCAGACAGUGAUACUGAUGAUAUUGACCACAGAGUUACGGAGGAAAGCCGUGAAGAGCCAGCAUUCCAGAAUUUUAUGCAAGAAUCAAUGGCACAAUACUGGAAGAGAAACAACAAAUAGUUUCUAGAAGUUCAAACGUUUGGAACUCUGUGAAGGAACUAUUCUUACCUCUGAUUGGGGGCUACCAUAAAGGACAAUUUUGUUCAGAGUAGCAGAGUUUCUCUAAUAGGGAAAUUUGACUCAGAUGAAGCCAGGGUUAGGAGACUCUUGGACCUGGCAGGUAGAUGCCAAUUCCCCUUGGCCUUUUCCUUGGAUUUAUGCAAGGAAGGAUAUGGACUGUCCUUGGAUGCUGAUACCCCUUCAAGCCUAAAGCUUCCAGUUUUAUUGUUUGAACUUACGUACUUUUGCUGCUGAUGGAUGAAACAGAACUUAAAAUUGACUUCAAAUCUCUAUUAGGCUGGAUCUAUACUUUACUCUCCCUGCAUCUUGCCCUUGAUCCUACACCAUGAGUUCCCCUCCUUUUAGCAGAAAGGGAGAGAGAAAACAUGAGCUUGCCCAGAGUGGCAGUGGAAGUCUCCUUGGCAACCAAUCAAUGUUGGGUAUGAAAUGUGUCUCACGUGGGGUAGCUAACAUUUUAGGAUACCAGUUUGUUGAAGAAAUUGAGCAAAACAUAAGAUUAAUGAGUAAGAAUCUUGCUUUUGAUGGUGACUUGGAUAAAGAGUUUUUAAUUUUAAUUUUGUUGUAACCCUAUCAUAAUUUCAAAUAAGAAAAUUAUAUAAUUGCACAUAGGUUCACUUUUAUUCAACACAGAGGUUUAAAGCCACCUGUCCAAACCUGUCUCAGUAAAGAGGGAUGUUUACUAAAGCCUCCUGUGUAUACAUACCUAGUAACCAGGUACAGAGCCAGGCUGUUUGUAUUGUACUUUAUUUUUAAAAUUUAUAUAUUUUUUAAAGUAGGUUUCAUGCACAGCACGGAGCCCAGUGCGAGGCUUGAACUCCCAACCCAGAGAUUAAGACCUGAACUGAGAUCAAGAGUAGGACUCUUAACCAGCUGAGCCACCCAGGUGCCCCUGUAUUGUACUUUAAACUUAAAGUAUCCUUGGUGAUUUCAUCAAAGGCCAUGGAUUUGGGUCAGGUGCACAUUCCAUACAUAGUAGCCAUGGUAAGGUUUGCCCUGCUUGCACAUUCUUCCUAUUAAUAGUGCAUUUCCUUUAAGGAAUUUUAUCCCUGCCUAAUCUGCAUUCUGAUUCAGUGGUUCUCAAGUGUGGCCAGUGGACCAGAAGCAUCAGCAUUACCUGGGAAAUUGUUAGAAAUACAACACUCAAGACCUCAAUCAGAAACUGUUCUGGGGGUGGGACCCAGAAAUCUGUUUUAAUAAGUCCUCCAGUGGAUUCCCAUGCAUUUAAGUUUGAGAACCACUACUCUAACUCAAAUAGCCUGUGACAGUUCUAGGCCAGGAAAAUCUCAGGUAUCCACAAAAUGACCUGCUUUAUUAAGAGUACCCUAACCUUGACCAUCUGGUGCUUAUUCUCCAAUUUAAACGUUCUAAAAGUAAAAAUAUUUUAUUUUGCCAUUAAGUAUCAAUUUCAGUAUUCUAUACCUAUAGAUUAUAGACCUAUAUAGGUCUAUAAUUUGAACAUAGCAGAACUGCCAUCUUCCAGUAAUUUUCAAAAUGACCAACACAAAGGGAAAGAGGAAUGGUACCUGCCAUAUGUUCUCUAGGCCUUUUAGAAAGCAUGGAGUUGUUCUUUGGCCACAUAACAUGCAAAUCUAUAAGAAAGGUGAUAUUGUGGACCUCAAGGGAAUAGGCACUAUUCAAAAAGGAACGCCCCACAAAUUUUAGCAUGGCAAAACUGGAAAAGUCUACAGUGUUGUCCAGUAUGCUGCUGCCAUUGGUUCUUGUGAAAGGGGAUUGUACAUAUUAAUUCUUCAGAGAGCUUCCUGAAACGUGCGAAGGAAAAUGAUCAGGAAAAGAAGGAAGCCAAAGAAAAAGGUAUUUGGAUUCAGCUGAAGUGCCAGCCUGCCCCACCCAGAGAAGUACACUUUGAACCAAUGGAAAGAAGCAUGAGCUGCUGGAGCCCAUUCCCUAUGAAUUCGUGGCAUGAUAAAUGUAAAAAAUAAAACGUUAAAAAAUUUUUUUGAAUCUGUUCAAGAGGAAAACAUUUACAAAGCAAACAAUAUAUUUGGUUUUUCUGCUUAGUGCCUUUGAAUACCUCUUUAAAAAAUAACUUGUCUGAAAGCUCCAUAAGGACAGGGACACAGUCUUACUCAUCUCUGUAUCUCUUGCACAGGAACCACUACAUAACAGUUGCUCAAUAAAUGCUUGCUAAUUGAAUGGAUUAAA